UCUAUAUUACUGUUUGAUUGGAAAGAGGCUUCUAUGCGCUCUUUAAGGUGACAUAGGAACUGAUGCAUGAUGUUAAUUUUAAAUAAUCAGGGUUGAGCUUGGUAUGUGUUUUUUGAAGAUUGCAUGCAGGCAAGAAGUGAUCUUGCAUAUUAACCAAUCAACGUUGAAAGAGAUCAGUGUCAUCCAAUCAGAGGCCUUAGGUAAGACAUCAGCAGAUCAGUAAUUACUUUGCCACAAUUUAUGUGAGGCAUUAUCUUGCAAAUAGGCAGUGCCAAGUUUUGCAGACUGUAGACUGGCGGAUGGUGAUGACAUGUUGUUGACGUUUUGCAAGAAGAAAUAUAAUUUGGACCUUCAGUAAGAGAACAUUUGAGCAGAAUUCGGAUUGCUCUUAUUAUCAAAAUCUCUGAGCAUAGAUUGGUUUCUGAAGUCUUUCCGCAGUGCAUUCAACUCCAAAUUUUAUGGAUCUACAUGUAGGUACUGUAAUUUUUCAACAACACCAGUGUCAACAGAUGGUGUCGCACAGAGCUAUAAGAUUGUCCAGUGUGUCAUUCUUGUCGUAUCAACAAUUCUGCAUUUGAUACUGAACCCACUUUGUCUUCUUGUACUGAGACGUGUGGACAGCAUCCAGGACACCACCAAAGUCUUUCUGAGAGCUCUGACUGCUGCUGAUCUUGGAGUUGGGAUUUUCGUGGUCCUGCCAAGUGCCAAUGACAUUUGCUGCUUUCUACCAGGACUGGCCUUUCUGCCUGUGUUAAUCAAUCAGACGUUGGCACAUGACUUUCGCAUGUAAAAAUUGGACUGACCGUAAUUUUUGGGUGAUGCAUCCUCUUGCCACCAGGCGACACCAAGUUUACUGAUGCUUUAGCAGCUUAAAAAAUGUGGGUGUUUUUUUUCUUGAUUUAGUGCAGGAGAUUAGAUACCAGCAGAAAACUGAUCAGUCCUAAAUUUGCCAUCUCUUCCGAUUUUUGUUACCUAUUCACAAUGAAUUCUACCCUGGAACCCAACAAUUACGGUGUAACAGACAGCUUUGGGAUUGCCCAGUGUAUCAUUCUGGUGACAACCAUUCUCCUUUUGACACUGAACCCACUUUGUCUUCUUGUAUUGAGACGCGUGGACAGCAUCCAGGACACCACCAAAGUCUUUCUGAGAGCUCUGACAGCUGCUGAUCUUGGAGUUGGGAUUUUCUUCGCCCUCCCAGGGACAUUUGUUACUUUUUACAAGGACUGGCCUUUUGGUAAUGCUUUGUGUGGAUUGCAAGCCUUUCUCCUAUCUACCAUCAUCUAUUCCCCUCCUGUAUCUCUGCUCAUGUUGACAGUAGAUCGUUACAUUUCAGUGGUUCAUGCACUCCGCUACUCUUCACUGGUAACUGUGAAGCGGGCACGAAUUGCUGUCGUGUCUGUUUUGGGGGCACUUUUGCUGAUAGGAGUUGGGUACAACUUUGUGGGAGAAUGGCGCUUCAUGUUCAUGCCCAAACUUCUUGUUUGUGUGUGUACUAAUAACGAAGCAGGAAAUUUGACUUUGCCAUUCAUUCAAGUGACAUUUUCAUGCGUAGUAUCAUUUGCUCUGCUUACAGUACUGAUAACGUACAUCAGACUCUUUCUGAUUUCCCGACAUCAUGAACGGCGCAUCCAUGCCAAUAAUCCAGCUGCCCUUGAAGGUAAUCCACUUCCGAGACCCAACAAUAAGAUGCUUCACACGUUACUCAUCAUUGUACUGAGUGCAUUGAUCUUCAAUCUCCUACCACUUUUGUGGAUCGUACUCGGUGAUGUUGAUAUGGACCCCUUGGUAACCUUUUUCAUACUUGACCUGCCCAUUCUUACAAACAGUUGGUUGAACGUGGUCAUCUAUUUCUUCAGGAACAAGGACAUCCGCCAAGCAACCAGGAAUCUUUUGCUGACUUACUUGACAUUUUUGCAGAAGCAUUCCCCUUUUACAUGUACUUGCAACACAAGUUGAACCAUACAAUGAAUUCUGUAAUUGUACUAUUUAUUUUGUUGUCACAAUUUUUUUCUUUGAUCUCUUCGGUCUUCUCAAAGUACAUCAUAAAAUAACAAAUUUUUCCAGCAGAGCUGUUUUUAAUUUACACAGCAUUACAUGUAACUCCUUGUUCCAUCGUGCGGAAUACUUAAGCAAGUGAAAGCAUCCUGAGUGAGGACAUUCUUAUUCUUUUUUCAUAUGCAUGAUGUUAGAUUUAAUGAUAUUAGAUGGAAUAGAACUUUGAUCGAUGUGCUGUAAAUGCAACGCCAGAGUACACAAACCAAUAGCUGCAUUUUCUGUUAAAAUGAACAAAAGUUAUUAAUCUCCAGGCACGCACUUGUGCAUAAUUUUUGGGAAAUGUAAAGACAUGUUUCAUUUACUGAUAUCUAUUUGGGGUUGUAGUGUAUCAGUUUAACAUAUUUCAGUUUAAAUGCAAACACAGAUAUAGCCAUGUAGAAAUUUAAUCUGUUAAGUGUUUGUAGGUUUGCGUAAUAAUGUAGAUGCGCCAAGCAUGCGUCAUUGAAUUUGGUGAGUGAACCAGUUCACGCCGUGAUUAUUUUGCCAAAAAUGGAACAAGGCACGGGAUUACUUUUCGCUCGACCUCUAGCUAGGCGGGUUGUAUCCAUCACCCCCGGGCAGCACACUCGUAUUUCUGGCUUCGCUCGCUGCGAGCUUGUCACUGGCAGAUAUUUUCCGGUCUCGUUCCCUGUGUGUUUAUCCGUCAUCUGUUCUGAAUACUGCAAAACGUUUGCGUGUAAACACAUCAUCCGGCGCGUACUGGUUAAGUAAUUUCAAAAAACUUCAUAGUUUAGACUUAUUUCAAGGUUGAAUUCGUCUCUAUAAAGUGAUAAUUUGGUACACCCAUAAUAUAACCAUAUAUUAAGGAUCUCUGUCAAUUGGCUUCUAUCAAGAUGAUUGCAGUGUGCUUUGGCUCUUCCUCAGUCUUGUUUUUCUAAGGUAUAUAUUGCUUGUAAAGGCAGCGAGUCGGCAUGCAACCGUUCGUAUACCGCGACAGUGAAAGAGAUUGUUUAUGUUCUUCUCUACCGUCAGGCCGCAUUGGUUAAAAUGAAAAUACUAGAAUGCCAAAUUAUACGCCAAUGAGUUUGGAAACAAUUGGCGUCAGGCAGCGUGGCUGGUUACUAUGAUUUGAAGGUUGCCAUGCAUGCGCAAGCAAGACCUGUUAUUGCAUCAAAUGCAAUCAACAUUGAAAAGGAUCUGGGUUAACCAAUCAGAGGUGGACACACGACGUCUGCAUGUAAGAUAUACACUGACCAUAAUUUUUGGAUGACACAUCCUCUUGCAACCAGGCCACACCUAGUUUACUGAUGUUUUAGCACCUUGGAAAUUUGGCACCUCUUCAGGUUUUUUAGCUGCUCCACAGUGAAUUCAACUCCAGAUUGUGUGGAUCUUGUAGACAGCAAUUUGUCAACGACACCGGUGUCAACAGACAGUGUAGCAGACAGCCGUAGGAUUGUCCAGUGUAUCAUUCUUGUCAUUACAACGAUUCUCCUUUUGACUCUGA